AUGAAAUCAUUGUUGAUCAUAAAUUUGAGCAAGAACAAUCUGAGUAUUUCAAUUCCACAAGCUCUUCUCAAAAGAAAAAAGGAAGGACUAAAGUUAAUUGUUGAUGGAGAUGAGAUAAAUAAAUGUCUACCUGGUUCAUGCGUCCUAAAGAAGAAAUUUCCGGUGAUAAUUGUUGCACUGGUGGCUUCAGCUGUAGUGGUCCUGAUCGUAGCGGUGCUGUUUUUCAUUUUUGUGUUAAGAAAGAAAAAGACAUCAAGUCAUGUGGAAGCUAUUAUCCCUUCAGGAGUUACGCCACGGGCGCAUUUCACACCCACUAGUACUUCUGAGGGAACAAUCGAGACUCAAAAGCGAAGAUAUAGUCAUGCAGAGGUUGUGGAAAUGACAAACAACUUCAAAAGAGCUUUAGGUGAAGGAGGGUUUGGCGUGGUCUAUCAUGGUUAUUUGAACGGUAAACAACAAGUAGCUGUUAAAGUACUUUCUGAAUCUUCAUCACAAGGCUAUAAACACUUCAAAGCAGAGGUUGAACUUCUUCUGAGGGUUCACCACAUAAAUUUGGUAAACCUGGUUGGUUAUUGUGAUGAACGAGAUCAUCUGGCUCUCCUCUACGAGUACAUGUCCAAUGGAGACUUAAAAUAUCAUUUGUCAGGAAAACAAGGUGGCUCUGUUUUGAGUUGGAGUACUCGAUUACAAAUAGCUGUCGACGCUGCACUAGGAUUGGAAUACUUGCAUAUUGGAUCCCAACCAUCAAUGGUACACAGAGAUGUCAAAAGUACGAACAUAUUAUUAGACGAGCAGUUCUCAGCCAAAAUUGCAGAUUUUGGUCUUUCAAGAUCUUUCCAACUCGAAGAUGAAUCACAUGUUUCUACGGUUGUUGCUGGUACUCCAGGAUAUCUUGACCCCGAAUAUUACAGAACUGGUCGUUUGGCAGAAACAAGCGAUGUCUAUAGUUUUGGGAUUGUAUUAUUAGAGAUAAUCACAAACCAACCUGUGAUUGACCAAACUCGUGGAAAGUCUCACAUAACGGAUUGGACGGCAUUUAUGCUUAAUAGUGGAGAUAUAACCAGAAUCAUGGAUCCUAAACUUAAGGGAGAGUAUAACUCUCGCUCUGUCUGGAGAGCAAUUGAAUUGGCUAUGUUGUGUGCGAACCCUUCUUCAGAAAAACGACCAAGCAUGUCCCAAGUUGUUAUCGAACUAAAAGAGUGUCUUGCUUCUGAAAACUCUGUGAAAAGUAAGAGUCAAGACACAAACUCUCACAGUUCCUUUGAAAUGAGCAUGAGCUUUGACACCAAGGCUGUGCCUAGGGCAAGAUAA